GGCGGGAUGAUCCAGCGCUGUCCUCUGCCUGGAGAGCAUAAAUACCACUGGGGAGCUCUGUGAGACCGCACUUGGUACGAGCUGCCGAGCCGAGACCUCGCGCUCCCCGCACCUCCUCAGGCUCCCUCUCCCCUGCCUCUCCUCUCCCCCGCCUCUCGCUCGAGUAUUUGAGAUAUAUAAUCCGUUUUCCACCAGCGGGCUUGGAGCAGCUGCAGCUUCCUGAAGACUUGAAAGUGCUCAGCAAGGCCCGUACUGAGCACUAGACGUCUCUGCAAGGAAACUGAAAAACACAUCCAUCAUCCUUAUCUCCAUUUCUGCCGGCUUCUGUUUCAGCAAUGAAUCCUGCCUUGCCUUGGAUCUUUCCUCUUGGAUGUCUACUGCUUCUGACAAAUGCAGCUGAGUGCUUUAUUUUGCCCAAUUCAAGUCACCUGGAGAGCAUUUUGAGUAAAUAUCAGAGCGAGGAACCUCAUGCCAGAUCCAAGAGAGCCAUUUUAUUUUCAGACAGACAGGAGAUACUGAUGCUCCACAAUAAAUUAAGAGGUCAAGUUUAUCCAUCGGCCUCUAAUAUGGAAUAUAUGACCUGGGAUGAUGAGCUGGAAAGAUCAGCCCAUGCUUGGGCUCAGCAGUGCAUCUGGGACCACGGGCCAAGUGUUCUCAUCAGGUCAAUUGGACAGAACCUGGCAGUUCACUGGGGCAGGUACCGUUCUCCAGCUUUCCAUGUCCAGUCUUGGUAUGAUGAGGUUAAAGAUUAUACAUACCCAUAUCCUCAUGAAUGCAACCCCUGGUGCCCGGAGAAAUGCACCGGAUCUAUGUGCACACAUUACACCCAGAUAGUCUGGGCCACGACGAACAAGAUUGGCUGUGCCGUGAACGUCUGCAAGCAGAUGAACGUCUGGGGAGAAAUCUGGGAGAACGCCGUCUACCUGGUCUGCAACUACUCGCCCAAGGGCAACUGGAUCGGGGAAGCCCCGUACAAGAACGGCCGCCCCUGCUCCGAGUGCCCGCCGAGCUACGGAGGAGGCUGCCAGAACAACCUCUGCUACAAGGAUUAUCGUUAUGAGGAUACUAUAAUCCCCGAGACAGAUGAGACCAAUGAAGUGGAGACUUCGCAGAUCGCAGAGCACAAACCCGUGUGGUUCCCCAACCUGGAGAGCAAACCCACCAAACCAGUCAAGCCCAAGAAGAUCGCCCCGGCCAGCUACAUGACACAAGUCAUUACCUGUGAAACCAAGAUGAGAGACAAAUGCAGAGGCUCAACAUGCAACAGGUAUCUGUGCCCAGCUGGCUGCCUGUACAGUAAGGGAAAGAUCUUUGGAACAUUUUAUUAUGAGAGUUCAUCGAGCAUAUGCCGUGCUGCCAUUCAUUACGGCAUCCUAGACAACAAGGGAGGACUGGUUGAUAUCACGAGGAAGGGGAGGACGCCGUCAUUCGUGAAGUCCACCAGAAACGGCGUAGAAUCUUUUAGGAAAAAUAAGCCCUCAAAUGCAUUCAUGGUUUCCAAAGUCACAACGCAGACGCUGGAUUGUUAUACCACAGUAGCCGAACUGUGCCAGUUCAAAAAGCCGGCAUCUCACUGCCCAAGGAUUUAUUGUCCAGCCCACUGUAAAGAUGAGCCAUCAUACUGGGCACCGGUGUUUGGCACCAAUGUCUACGCAGAUAGCUCCAGUAUCUGCAAAACAGCAGUGCAUGCAGGAGUCAUUCCAGGUGAAGAAGGUGGUUUUGUGGAUGUGAUGCCUGUAGAAAAGAAGAAAAGCUAUGUUGGCUCCUUAAGGAAUGGAGUCCAGUCUGAGAGCCUGAAGAAUCCUUCAGAUGGAAAUGCUUUCCGAAUUUUUGCUGUGAAGCAGUAAAUUCCCAGGGAAGAUGCAAGUUUCUCUGGGAGAGCACUCUGUUGAUCUCGAGAGACAGGAAGGCUCCUCUGAUGGCAUCAGCUCUGAACGUACCCUCCUUGCCGAUCUCUUUCAGGGAAUUAAGAAAAAAAAAGACAAAAAAAAAAAAAAAAAAAAAAAAAAGACAACAGGUUCUGACUCAGCUGUUCGCAUCUCAUGGCACCAGUUCAGCGUUGUAUCUUUUCGUUUCAUGUUUUCAUUUUUCUAGGGGCAUUCAGUAAUGAUAGACUGUUGUAACUUCCAAUUUACAAGAGAGGUGUGCUACACAGAACUGAGGUGGCUCAACAUACAGCAGACGUGGUGGACCUUGCCUGGCCCUCAGAUAGCAUUUUAGAGUUUGAGGUAUCUACUUCUGCGAGCCUGACACUGUGCACAGGCGAGCAGGUUCAGCAGUCAGCUACUGUUCAGGCAACAGGCCCUUUAAAACAAGAAACCGUUUUAAAAGUUGCAUCUUGUAGGGAGAGCAUGGGCUUUGAGUGUGUUUUUGGUCGAUUUUGGUGUUUUAUGUGUAAAAGAAGAGCAAAGUGAGUUUUUUCCUAAGAGGGUGACACGCGUGCGCGACACUGAGUUAGGCUGCUGGAGCGUUGCAUUGAGCUAAGUAGUAUGACGGGAGAGGACGUUUCUGUCGGCCUGACGUUGGGGUUUACUGGAGGAUGGAGUGGGGUAGGAGUUGGUGGCAGAGUCCCUCGCUGCAGAAAACAAGGCCACCGGAUAAUCCAAACAGCAGGUUUAGUGUUUGCUGGUCAAACACUUGCAGGUAAUUUGUAAGUCUGGCAACCUAUGAGAAGUCAGUGAAUUGGGGCUCCUGUGCUGGCACAUCUCAUUAUAUUACACGCCAUUUAAAAAAUAAAAUUUCAGUUAAAUGCAGUGUAUUGUUUUAUACAGCAGUGCUGGUUGUUUUAUCUGUAGUAGUCAAGCAGUGAUAAAGUUAAUCUUAUUUUUGUUAGAAACGGUUGCAUCCAUAUGAAGCAUGUUCACUUCAGUGAAGUUCUUCGUUGUGUGUGCAGUUUUGAGACUUUAAAUAUAUGAGAUGAAUUGGGCUCGAUGAAUCUCUCCCAUUUGGUUUGUGACACCUGCAGAACCCGACUUGCAAUGCAAAUGCUGUAUCCUGGAGCACUGGGCGGCCAGGAUGCUGUAUUUGCCAAACACAUAGGUGUGCUAAUUAUGUUAUUUAAUAUUUUGUUAUUUAUGUCUCAACAAGCAUCCAAAUGCAUUUCAAAGACUAUUUAAAGAAAAUUAAAGCUAGCCGAAAGAAUAGCUUAGCAUAAGCUGCUCUUUAAAGCAGGAGACUAUUCCUUGCUUUCUAUUUGAAAUGGAUUUUUAGACUUGAUCUACACAUGCAUCUAGCUGUCUUUCGAUGCACACACAUCCAGUAACUUCAUUAGUCACGAGAAGGCAACGUAAACUUUAGUUCUUCAGUUCAUAUAAACCCAUAGUCCCUCUGCUCCGUACUUGAUUAUAGUAUUGUAUAACAAAUGGGAAAAUACUUCACUUUAUUUGGCAGACGUCUCAUAGCUGCGCUUAUGCUCAGGCUGUGUUCAAUUUAAACUAGGGAGAUAUACAGCUAUCCCUUCAAGCUGUUUCAAAACAGAGACCAAAAAUGUUCACAUGAUUAAACCCUUCUUUAAUUCCAUAAACACCAUGAAAUCAACAAGGAAAUUGCAUUUAUCCAUCAGUUUAUUUCACAGCUGAGGUUUCUCUCUCUGUGAAAUCCGAGUUUGGAAAGAGACCUUUCGUAAAGUAUGCAGUUGGGAUUGCUUUGCACUGUCUCUCUAAGUUCUGCAUAGCAAAACUUCCUUUGGAACAGAUAUAGAAAAAUGACUCAAUGUGUCGUCUUUGUUUAUAUGGUAUCGUUUUCAAGGUGUACAGUAUUUGCUUUAGAUAGGAAAGAAUUAACUAUUUUUUCUUUUUAGAUAAAUUGAUGUUAAAAACAGCUGGAACAUAUCUUAGAAAAGCUGCUGGUUGGAAGGGUCUGAGAUCUUGGCAGUGAGAUAAGGCUUCCCUGUUUCUGCCCGCUGUGGAUAGUAAUGCUCUACAUGGUCCAGUGCAAGCCCAUUAAAUGCUGCAUCAUGAAACCAUGGCCAUCGUGGGCCUAAUGUCCUAAUAUGGAAAGCACAUAAAGCGCAUCAGAGCUUAAGUAGGAUGCCACCUCUAAUAUGCUGUCCGAGACAACCAUUGAUGUUGUAAGAUGGUGGAAAGAGAUGUGAGCAAGGAGAGAGUUCUUGGAGAAAAGUCCUGGAGGAUCAGCGUAGAGCACAUAAAAAUCCAGCCAACUUGGGAUGUAUCUAUCUGGCAAAAAGGGGGCGAGGGAAGAAUUAUUAUUCCAACAGAAAUAUCCUAAAAUGCCUAAUUGAAGUUACAAUUGCAUAUUUUUAUCUUCAGCCAACUGGUUUGGAUUUUUAGAAACCGAUGUUAUUUAAGUCUGUAUCUGUUUAUUUUUAUAUUUGUUGUACAAAAGAGAAAUUGUGAUUUUACUACGCAAAUAUUAUUCGAGGUCCUGGGUGCUAUUAAUUUGAACAUACCUCCACCAGCAUUAGGGGAGAUCAGGUCCUCCAAGGUGGUCAUGUUAUAUCACUUACUUCCGAUCGUGUGUGCUAGCUGUUCAUAUAUAGGUGGGACAGUACCAGUUCUUAGCCAUGUAUUUUAUUUCUAUGAUACCAAAACAUUACUUAGUCUAAUGUAUUUCAAUACAGCUUAAGGACACAGCAUGUCCUGACCUUUGUAUCACCAGAUAUGUUCCUCCUUAGACCUUUAGAUUAGGAAAUUGCGUGCCAACUAAGCGCCCGAGCAGUAGGCUUAGGGAAGCAUCUGGUUAACCUUGGCAAGGCUGCUGCCGCGUGGUCAUUUGUGCCCAGUCAACUUGUUUCCAAAACCAAGACACAACACAGACGUUGUGUCGUGCCACUGCCAGCGAAACGGAUCUGGUUCAGCAGAGCUGGAUUUCCAGAAAGCGCCUGGGGCGCAAAAGCUGAAGCUCGUCACUUCGCUGCCUCCUGGCCGGCGGGCGCAGCCGCAGUCCGGUUAGCCCUCGCGAUUUGUCCUUUUUAAGAAGUCAGCGGUGGUUCGGCCAACAGCUGAUUGAGGAUUCUCCAGUCACGUACGUGGUCAGCUGUGCAGCCUAAAUAUUUAGGGCCAGUUCAUAGAGUUGCUUUUUUUCUAUGAAAAAUGAUGUAUUUUACUACCUUCUAUGUAUAAAAGUUUCUUGUAAAUUUGUGUGUGCCUUUGCAUGUUUUUCAAGGGGCAGUGUGUUUAUAAACUAUAAUUUUUUUCUAAAUACAGAAUUGUAAAAUAUCUUUUCUCCCCCCUCUGUUUUCUCUUAAUUUCUAAUUAUUUGUGAAAUAAAACCUUCCCAAAA